UCACGACAGACUGAUAUUACGGCAUCAGCGGGUGGUGACUUUUUGUCGACUUUGUUCAGUGAUUUUGACGGGGGGGGUUUAUCGGUUAUCGGCUGAUUAUUCAUGGAUUUUCGUGGGAUUAUUGAUGAUGAGAUGUUUGAGAUAUUGUGGGAAUUGUCACUGGGAAUUAGGGCCAGGGUUUUGUGCGGAAUUGUGUGAUUUUAUGUCGCGGCGGUGACGGAAUUGUGACUGUGAUUUCGGGGGUUUUGUUUUUUAUUUUGGAAAAAACAGGUGUUUCCAUUGAUGAGGGAUUGUAAUGGUGCUGUCGUAAUUGGUGGGCCAUUGUGAUGUGGAUUAUCGGCGAUGGAAAUUCGACUGAAAAGAUUCUUUCAUAAUGCUCUUCGACACAUGCUUGCGAUGAGAACGAAAGGGUCGUAAAGUAGAAGACCGGAAAAAAAGGGAAGUAAAUAGAGUUGAGAAAAAAAUCUGGUGCGACAUUUAUUUCUCCAAAGCUGUCGUAAUGAAUUAUCUCUGGGUGUCGUUUCUCCUGUACCCGCUGAUACUCUAUCCGCCUGGUGGAAGUGCCAUAGACAUAUCACAAUGCAUCGCACCGCUGGGUAUGGAAGCGGGAAUUAUACCCGAUGCAGAUAUAACAGCCAGCUCGAGCUUUGACAGCGGAAAUGUUGGACCACAGCACGGCAGACUUAAGCAAGAGAGGAAUGGCGGUGCAUGGUGUCCAAAACAAGAGAUUACGACUGAGCCACAUGAGUGGCUUGAGAUUGAUUUACACACGGUGCAUGUGAUUACUGGAACGGGUACACAGGGACGUUUUGGUAAUGGCCAGGGGGUCGAAUUUGCUGAGGCUUAUGUACUUGAGUACUGGAGGCCGAAACUGGGAAAGUGGGUGCGAUACAGAAACACGAGAGGCGAAGAGGUGAUAAAAGGCAAUACGAACACAUAUCUAGAGUCGAAGCACGAGCUAGAGCCACCAAUUUGGGCCAGUAAAAUUCGAUUUUUACCAUACAGCUAUCACCGUAGAACAGUCUGCAUGCGUGUGGAAUUAUACGGUUGCUUAUGGAACGACGGUGUUGUAUCGUACUCGAUGCCACAGGGCGAUAAGCGCGGCAACUGGGAAUUCUUUGAUGCCUCGUACGAUGGCUACUGGGACGGCGAACUCAGGCGUGGUCUUGGACAGUUGACAGACGGUCGCACAGGACCUGAUGAUUUCAAAAUGAGUUACUACGGUUAUGAUCGUGGACAAGGGUGGAUUGGAUGGAAGAAUGACACCAGACUGGGACACCCACUUGACAUCAAAUUUGAGUUUGACAAAGUUCGGGAAUUCUCAGCUGUUCACAUAUUCUGUAAUAAUCAGUUUACGAAGGAUGUUCAGGUAUUCUCCCAAGUCGACAUACUCUUCAGUAUCGGUGGUAAAUACUACAACGGUGAUCCAAUAAUCUACGCAUACAUGGAGGAUCGAAUAUUCGAGACACCCCGUAAUAUUUCCGUAAAACUUCACCACCGUAUCGGUAGAUUCAUCAAAUUACGAUUCACCUUUGCCUCCAAGUGGCUAUUAAUAAGUGAAAUUACAUUUGACUCGGACAUUGCCCACGGCAAUUUCACACCAGAGAGCCCCCCAACCACAGAGACCCCAAGAAUCAAGAAUCAAAGUACCCUCUCAAAGGACAUAUUUCAUCAGCCUGAGAUACCAGUGUCCACAGCUAAACAGGACGAUCCAACUUACAUGGCAGUGAUAAUUGGUGUUCUAACAGCGGUAAUUCUCCUCCUCGCUGUUGCUAUAUUCUACAUUGUCUCGAGACACAGAGCGAGGAAGAAUAAUUUUGCAACAGCCCUAGAUCCUAAGGAGACAAUACCCGCUAACCAUCAGCAUCUGUCCCCCGAGUCAACUUAUGGUACAACAAUGGAGAAAGAUGGUACACUGAUGACUUACAGGGUGGAAGAGUAUGAGGAUCGUUACACUGGCGCUAAAUUUGCCACAUUACCCCGAGAUCUCAAUGAUCGUCUUCUGGGUGAUGUCAGAUUAGAUGAAUACCAGGAACCAUUUCACGAAAAUAAGUACCGUGAAUCGCCGCAAGCUGCUUAUUACGGCUACAGUACAGUUGUCAUUGACAAUAAGGAUUUACAUGAUAAUAUUGAAUGUUCAGAUCCCACUUAUGACUACGCUGUACCAAUGCCAGUACCAAGCACAAGCAGUGAACACGAGAGUGUAUUUUCAAAGUCUUCGUCAAGGGGCAGUGCUAAGGCGUGUUUGCAGAGUUUUUUUCCACCGCCACCACCGCCAAUGAGUAUUCCACCCACUCGUGGGCCAAACAAUGCAACGUAUUCAAGUCCUCCUAGUCCUCAGCUUAUCACCGAGCGCGAGAGAAGAGGAAGUAAACGUCGGGAGCACACGCACACCAGAUACGCAUAAUAAGGGCAUUUUUUGUUUUGUUAUACACAUGUUCCUGGAUUCUUUGACCUUUUUUACUUUUUGAGGGCGAAAGGUGAAUGUCAUUUGAAUACCCUCAUUGAUACUUAUAUUCUGUGGUUUGUCCAUGGGACUAUUCUAUUGUGUGUGGAAAAAUGGGAUGGAUAACUAUAACACUUUCUCUAGGAAACUCUAUUAGUUUUUUUUUAUUAUUUCUAUUGGGAAUUGAGUAGCUUUCCCGUUUGUUUUCAAAGAAAUAUUAAUAGGAGAUAUUCUGUAGGGAACAGUUGAUGUUUUUUAUUGAUAUAUUUAGUUGAUAUUUUUUCAUGGAAUCUAUUCAAUUGAUAUUUUUCUAUAACAACCAAAAGCUAUUGAUAUUUCCUAUGAAAAUUUCUGUAA